UGUUCUUCUUCCAAUCGGAGGAGAGGGGUGGGGCGACGGUCCCGUGGUCCAAGGCCUCCUUUCUCUGGGCCCCUCGCUUUUCCCUACCUAGCCGCCAUCUUGUUCUUGCCGCGUGUUGCCUUCGGAAGGUUCUUCGGACUAAGAUAAAACAAGAUGAACCAAGAAAAGCUGGCUAAACUUCAGGCUCAAGUCCGAAUAGGUGGAAAGGCUGCUGUUCAUCCUCAUGCGUGCAUGCAUGAUGUUAUGGCUGUUAUUUUAAGAGGGAAAUAAGUGCAAGUUGUCUUUGUUAUUGCAAAAUGGCACAGCACAAUAAGUACAAUACUAUCCUUCCACAAGGAAGCAAAGGUCACUUCAUUCAAGAAGGUCUUUGGCCUGGUACAGCUCGUAGAAAGAAGAAGGUAGUCCACAGAACAGCAACAGCUGAUGAUAAAAAACUUCAGAGUUCACUCAAAAAAUUGGCAGUAAACAAUAUUGCUGGCAUUGAAGAGGUGAAUAUGAUAAAAGAUGAUGGAACAGUUAUUCAUUUCAACAAUCCCAAGGUCCAGGCUUCACUGUCUGCAAACACUUUUGCUAUUACUGGUCAUGCUGAAGCCAAACCAAUCACGGAAAUGCUUCCUGGUAUCUUAAACCAGCUGGGUGCUGACAGCUUAACAAGUCUCAGAAAGUUAGCUGAACAGUUCCCAAGGCAAGUGUUGGAUAGCAAAGUACCAAAAUCAGAAGAUAUUGAUGAAGAAGAUGAUGAUGUUCCCGAUCUUGUAGAAAACUUUGAUGAAGCAUCAAAAAAUGAAGCUAAUUAAUUCACUAAUAGUUCUGGAAGUUGACAUGGACUAGAUUUAAGAAAUCAGCUGUGUGGUUCCAAAGUUUUACAGAAACCGUGAACAUUACCCGUUUAAUAGUUCAAUAAUAUAAAAUAUUUUCUAUUUUAAUUAUGCUGCCUCUUCAGCAUUUCCUGUCAGUUGAUUUUUGCAUUUUGCACUUAAUCCCAGGAUCUACCUUUUCAGUUAAAAAGAAAAAAUAAGACAUUUUCAGUUCAGAUCAAGGGGUGUGUGCAUGUGUGUGGAUGUAUGUAUGUGACUUUUAUGUACAGUUGAGAGGAAAUCUGAGAACAGAUUUGCUAGACUUUCCCUUCUCUCUCUGAAGUAGGAAUAAAACCAAGUCUUUAAGGGAGCAAUUCUGUGACUCUUAGACAGUGUUUGAGGAGCCAUAAGAUAUUUCAGAUUCUCAAUUCUGAAUCUGGAGUCAAUGCUCCAACCUUAGGGCUGGGCAUUAGAGGUCCCUCCCUUCACUGCAGGUAUGGAAAGAACUGCACUGGCUGCUACUCUUGAGGUUGAGAAUACAACCUUGGAGAGAGGAAAAGGGAGCAUUCAGUGGCAGUGGAAGAGACUGGAGAGGCUAUAGAAUCGUGAGUUCUCUCCAGUCUCCUUCCCUGCUCCUCUGAAACACUUUGGCACAGUCCAAAAAGCCCAUCUAGUGAAAAUAGAGUAGGAAAGAUGGGGAUGGUAAAUAUUACCUCCUCCAUUUUUCCCACUCUGCAUAGGAUUCUCCUAAGCCUCCCAAGUUUAUAAGCAUCAAGGGCAUGACCCAUAGGAUUGUGCUCUAACUUGGUUAAAGUAGUCUUUCUUAUUGCAACCAAACAGUUCUCAUAAAAUAGUGAACAGUGAGUCUUACUUGUCCACAUUUCAUGAAUUCCAGAUAUCGCUUACUAAUUUUUGGGUUAAUUUUCUGUGUUAACAAAUGUAUUUGCAAAUGUGUUUCUCUUUCAUAUUGACAGUGUAUAUGUGUUGUUUUUCAUUGGCCUCCUUUUGAUUUUAAAUUGUACCAAAGACAGGAUGUUAACAUGCAUGUUUAUUGCAACACUUUAAAAAAUGUACUUGAGGGCUUGUUUUUUGCUCUUUAAAGCUCCUCUCUCAUUCACUUUAAAAUUUAGGUUGCAUUCACAUGUGAUGUGAUAAACUAUUUUGUCUUGGAUAAAACCACUAUCCUGUGAAGUACUGUUCAUUUAGACUGAGCAAGUGCCAACCCUGCACCUAUGCAUGUUAACUUCUUCAAGAAGCCAGAUGAUAUGCUUGUUCAGGGUUCCUGGGAAAAGAACGCGAUAUUUAUGACUGUGAUAAAGAUUGGAGGGUUAACUCUGCUCAGUACUGACUCUAAUAUCUUGUGGUUUCCUCUUGGUACAAUUAACUGUCUUUCAGUAGAUCCCUCUUCAAAGUGCUGAGUGCUGUUUUGACCCUUUUCAUCUCAAUGAAACAGUAUUCCUCUUAACCUGUGGGUAUAUUUCCCAUUGGUAUUACUCACUUUGAUGAGAGGGUAGCACUCUCCUGUGCUCAGAUUUUCUGUAGAAAAUAUUGCAUCCUUAAAGCAUGGUUAGAUCAUUUUGUGAAAAGAUGUGAAAUAGUUCUAGUGUUCUAAUUGAGCUCCUAAGAGCAUGGGAGCCACUGUUGUUUCAGGACACUAGAAUCUGGCAGUGUAGUUCGGAUGAUACAGGACAAACAUGGAAAGGGCCAUAGGUUGUGUUGUGUUUCCACAAACUUUUCAUUGAAAGGCUUAAACCAUUAAAUUUGAGGAUAAAAAUUACUUACUUCAAAACCCUUACUUUUUUCUACAUCUUACACUUAGGUUGGGUGUACUAGUUAAUUUGAAAACAAAGCCCUCCUCUGGUACAUAGAGGAUAGUAGCAGUAUCACAGGUACGGUGCGGUAUUUGCUGAACUUUCUUUCAAAAUGCUUAAUGUGAAGCUCUUACUAAUGGUUCUUCAACGGUGCUUGAUGUAAUCUUUGCAGUUCAGCAUCAUUGUAACCUUUGCCAAAGGCAAUCAUGGCUUGGGUAAGCCAUAUUUCUUAUCAGCUUACUUUGUCGUACUUUUGAGACAUACCUGCUUUCUGUGUAGCUAUAUACACCCAGCAUCUAUAUAAUUUCAGCAUCCUAGUGUCAUCAAACCAAACCACAAAAGCAGCGCUUGUAGUAGUUUGUCAUCUGGACUGCUCACUUGAUUUUAUAGAUUUGUUUGGUUUUCUUGUUCUAUUUUAUAUAAUACAUGGAUCUUAAUAAAAUAAUUCAAAGGAG